CAGAGCUGUGUCCACCAGGAAAUGCGCUGGGGGGAUGGGGUGUACCUAGGCCCUGCUCUGUCCCUCCCCUGUUACCCAGCACAGCCGGGUCCCUGGGGACGAGGCCCUGCCUGGCUUCCUCAGCCAGAGGCUGCUCUCACUUUCCCUGCGCGCUGGUCCAGGGAAGGGGAAGGGCCGGACUGCAGGGCGGGGCCUGGUGGGGAGUUGUUUUGAUCCAUCCGCAGAGCAGAGGGAAGGGAAGAAGGAGGCACACGAAGAGGGGGCCUGGCCAGAAGAGGGGGAGCCAGGAGCCCCCAGAAGGCGAGACAGCAGCUGAGACACUGAGGGCGAGGGACGGGUGAGCUGCGUGUGCCCACGGCUUGCUGCCCCGUCCCACAGACCAUCAGCCCCCCUGAGAGCAGCCCAGCCGGGGGGAAGAAUUAGCCAUCGACUUCACCCCGGGCAAACUUCACUCUGAGUGUUCGCUCAUUCGUGAUUAAUCCCCCUGCUGGAGAAUUGGCUGCUUCAUAAACCCCAGCGCCAAUCUACUGCUUCCCCAUCACCAUGGAGGCUUCUCUUGCCGCCUGCAUCCUCGCUGCUCUCCUGGCUACGGGGUCCUGUCUGCAGUGUGAGGUUUGCACUGAACUAGGAACCAGCUGCUCGGGCACCGUACAGACCUGCUCCGCUGGGCUUGACUCUUGUGGCAUCACUCUGAUUGAACAAACAUUGGCGGGACUGAAGCAACAGGUCAUUGCCAAGGCCUGUAUUUCAUCAGACCGUUGUAACCUUGGACCCCUCACUAUGAAUUUCGGGAAUGGAGUGACAAUGAAGCAGGGCAUCGCCUGCUGUGUGGGAGACGCCUGCAGAACCACCACUGUUACCGUGCCCCCGGCUGACCCCAAACCCAACGGCCGGCGCUGCCCAGCCUGCGUCGCUGUCCUCUCUGCUCAGUGCAAUGAAGGGAUCAUAGAUUGUACUGGAGCUGAGACCCGAUGCAUUGAGGUUGCUGGGACUAUCACAAUAGGUAACUUCCAUUCAAUUAUUUUUGGGUUAUUUUUCCUUUGUUCUUCAGAGUUCAAGGAAACUGCACCUGUGUUCCCCUGCCAGGGUUCCUCAGGGCUCCCACGCUGGGCUCCUGGCUCCUCAGCACUCACUUCCCUUGGGGGGACACCUGUGUCUUUAACCCGGCUGACCAGGGGUGUAGCAAGGCGAGACUCCCUGCCGCGGUGCCUCCUGCUGGUUACACCUGGGAAUUAGCUCAGUUCCAGCUCUGGGGAACCCUUCACUGGCCAGUGUCUCUCCUGCCGUCGCCUGCUUCUUCCAAAUCUCCACCAUGCUUCACUUCCGGCCCCACGUCCCUCCCUAUACACGGUGUCCCUUCUCUUGGGUACUGCCCCACAGUAUUGUCCCACACUCGGGGGUCCUCCCCUCUCUGGAGAACCCCAGUUCCCUAAGCCCACCUCACCUCAGUGACCCGCUGCCAGUCUGCAUCUAGCCCCUUCCCUCAGGGGCAAACUGCGGUCUGAAAUGGCCACUCAUCAUCAGCAAGGGGGCUGGACCUACCCCUGGCUACCCCUCUGCAGCCCUAGGCCCUUCUUGAGACCUUGGAGGCAAGGCCUCGGCCUGGGAGUCUCCCCAGCUCCUCCUGCCCUUCCCCAGCACUGCUCUGUCCAAGGUACCCCUUCUGCUAGCAGACGGCCAGUCCUUCCCUCUCUAAGGCUGGAGAGAGACUGACUUCCUGCUGGCCCUGCAGCCUUUUAUAGGGCCCAACCUGGCCCUGAUUGGCUGCCUCCAAGCCCUCUCCAGUUGGCUCCCAGCCGCAGCCCUCCCUAAGGGCCGCUUUUAACCCCUUCUUUCCCGGAGCGGGGUGACCGCCUUGCUACGGGGGAGUUCUUUAAGGCUACACAGUCCCCUGCCAACGCUGUGAUAGCCCCAGCAAGCCAGACUGCCUAACAGGCCAGCGUGUGCGCUGCGCAUUCUCUGCUGGGGGGUUGAACAGCGUCAUGGCCCACGGCUGUGAGCUAACCCACAGCGCCUCCUAAGCCAGCACCUUCGUGCUGAAGGAGAGAGCAUUUCAGAGAAACCA